AUGAACAACCGCUUAAAAGAAUUGAGGAAAAAAGCACAAGGCCGAGCCGAUGAUCUGGAUGAUAUUACUCUCCAAGAGAAAUAUGAAAUCGGUGAUUUAGAGCAUGCAGAAGGAGGUUACGCCGGAGGAAGACUCAUCCCCAAAGAGAGUGAAUUUGUUUCCGACUUUUUGAGCCAAGUAACUGAGAUCAAAAUCCGUAUCAACAAAAUUGAUGAAAACGCCACGCUCAUGGAAAAGACUUACAACAGCAUCAUUGCCGAGGUGAAAAAGGAAUCGAAUACAAAGGCGUUUAAACAAAAAGUUGCAACCAUUUCCGAUGAAAUUGAUGCAGAUAUGAGGUUUGUAAAGAGAAGUUUGGAAGAGAUGGCUCAGACCAACAAAACUCUUGAGGAAUUUUCUGCUGAGAGAAGAAUGAGAGAAAAUCAACAAGCCUCACUCACCCAAAGUUUUUUCUCUGUGGUUCAGAGGUUUAAUGGCAUUCAGGCCGCUUGCAAAGCCAGAUACAAAGAUGACCUAAUGAGAAAUUUACGCAACAUUUAUUCUGAGGAAGAAAAAUCUGACGAAGAGUUGAAUGAAAUGAUUGAAACUGGACAAAUUCAAGAGGGUAAUCUCUAUGGAAAGUAUUUGCUGAAAAAUUCUGCGCAGAAUACUAUCAAGGCAACCUACUCAGAAAUUAAGGAAACACAUGAAGACUUGAAACGAUUGGAAUUAUCAAUGAAUGAAUUACAAGACAUGUUUCGAGACUUGCAUACUCUAAUAUUGAUGCAACAAGAUCUUAUUGACAAUAUUGAAGAUAACGUAUUAAGGAGCAUUGAUUUCACUGAGAAGGGAGUGCAAAACAUCAAAACUGCCAAGAAAAUUGGUGACAAGACCAGAAAUGCUAAAUGUGUGCUGUUGGUGAUUGUUGUAGUCAUUGCCAUUGUGGUCAUUCUCAUUGCUGCAGGAGUCAUUGCAGUGGCUGUUCCGUUGGGCAUACUAAAGAAAUAG